GUGGUGUGCUGUUCUCCUUAGAAGAAGGUGCAAGCUUUUGGAAUCAAGCACUGACUUGGCGUGUAUUUUUUGGUGCUAUGAUGUCUGCUUUUACAUUGAACUUGGUGCUGUCUGCUUACAAUGGGGUUCCUGGUAAACUGACCUACAAUGGACUCCUAAAUUUUGGAAAGUUUGAGGAUUUGACUUAUGAGAUAUGGGAGUUCAUUCCCUUCCUGCUGAUGGGAGUGAUGGGUGGACUUUUAGGUGCCCUCUAUAACUUUAUCAACUUUAAACUGACACAAUUAAGAAUGAGAUACAUCACACGACCAUGGCAAAAAGUGGCCGAGGCUGUGUUGGUAGCAAGCACGACAGCCAGUGUUGCGUUCCUCAUGAUCUACGGCUUGCAUGACUGCCGGAAGAUAGAAGAUGAGACCAGCAGGAGUGACCAUUACCCUAUACAAAUGUUCUGCAAUGAUGGUGAAGAAAGUGCUGUUGCUGCUAUUUGGUUCCAGACACCAGAGAAGAGUGUGCGCUCCCUCUUCCAUGAUCCUUCCAAAUCAUUUGAAUGGGUCACCCUCAGUGUUUUCUUUGGUUGCUACUUCCUCCUAGCCUGUUGGACGUAUGGCCUAGGUAUUCCAUCUGGCCUCUUCAUCCCCACUUUGCUGUGUGGGGCUGCCUGGGGCCGCCUAACUGGCAAGCUGAUGACACUCCUCUUUCCUGGACAGAGUUGGUUGGAUGAGGGGAAGUAUGCACUUGUAGGAGCCGGUGCCAUGCUUGGCGGUGUUGUACGCAUGACCAUCAGCCUGACAGUCAUUUUGAUGGAGUGUGUUGGAAAUAUCACCUUUGGUCUGCCUCUUAUGAUUGUUUUGAUGGUAGCCAAAUGGGUAGGAGACUUCUUCAAUGAGGGAUUGUAUGACAUACACAUCCAGAUGCAAGGGGUUCCUAUUAUGGCAUGGGAUGCUCCCCCUCUCUCUAAUAACAUAUAUGCUAGUGAGGUUCUGAAUCGUCCAGUUACAACCUUACAUACUGUGGAGAAGGUUAGCAGGAUUGUUGAAAUCCUGAAAUCCUGCACAUAUAAUGGUUUCCCUGUUGUUGAUUCAAUUCCUACAGAAGAGGAGGCAGGAAACUUCAAAUCAUAUGGAACCUUGCGGGGUCUGAUACUUCGCUCUCAGCUGACUGUGCUGCUGAAACAUAAAAUAUUCAAUGAGAAUACUCAUGUAUGGGAAAACAGCAAGGUUGACAUCCGCCUGUUCCGCCUGUCUUACCCACGCUACUUCACACUCCAAGAAGUGGACCUUACUGAAGAGGAUCUAGAAUGCACUAUUGACCUUAGACCAUUUCACAAUCCCUCCCCAUAUUCUGUAGUAUCCUGCACUCCCCUGCCACGCAUGUUCAAUCUCUUCCGUGCCUUAGGGUUACGCCAUCUGGUGGUGGUGAACGACUCCAGAGAGGUCGUGGGGAUGGUGACCCGGAAAGAUUUAGUCAAGUAUAGAGUAUGGAAACAUAGGGGCCAGAUGGGGCUAGAAGAGUUAGUUAUAUAUGAUAAUGUUGCCUAGUGUGUGUGUGUGUGUGUGUGUGUGGGUGCGUGCAUGCAUGCACGCACAUGCCUACAUGUGUGCAUGCACACAUUCUCUCUCUCUCUCUCUCUCUCUCUCUCUCUCUCUCUCUCUCUCUCUCUCUCUCUCUCUCUCUCUCUCUCUCUCUCUCUCUCUCUCUCUCUCUCUCUCUCUCUCUGCAAAAUUAUAACAUUAUAGUAUUCACAAGCAGACAUAGAUGAGCCUUUCUGUUGUUUUCCUAGAUAGUAAUGUGAUGGCCAGUCAUUAUGAAUGAGAAUGUAGCUGGAUGUUAUUUUGACUAAGCAGCCUCUGCUGUGAAAAAUGGGAAGUAUCAAUGCUCUAUGGCUAAGCUAUUAUUCUUGUGCAUUGAACUAGAUAUUCCUUUAAGAUGAUUUUUUUUAUAAUGAUUAUGCCACUACCACUACUGCUAUACUACUACUACUAUUAUUACUAUUGUCAUAUGCUAUCACUGGACCAUUACUACUUAAAAUUUAUCUCUCCAAGUUCCAAGUAUGAAAGUUGUGUUGUCUCUGUAUUUUUUAUUUUUCUAUAAUUUUUAGGGAGAUCAUGAAGGAAGAACGAACUAAAAGUGUUAGUAUUAAUAAUAAUAAUAAUAAUAAUAAUAAUAAUAAUAAUAAUAAUAAUAAUAAUAAAGGGGAAGGGAUACACGAGGGGUGGAUGAGUAGUUUGCUUCCUGACUAGUUUCGCUUACAGCUUCUUCGAGGAAUUAAUGACUCGCUGGUCAACCUGCACAGUAUGUAUAGGAACCUGGAGGAUCACAGAUGGUCUGGGAAGUGCUGAUUGCUCCCUAGGUCACACAUCCCAUCUUCUGCCUGAAUCAUUCAUUGCUGGUUGCUUUGCAGUGACCCUUGCCCACACAAUGUUGCCUGUUUUCUUGUUUAUGUUCUCUUUGUUCAGGAUAAUGUAUAUAGAUUUCCAUGCCUUCCUGUGUAGUUUGGAGAGAUUCACCUGCAUCAUCUUUACUCCACUCCACUUCAGCAGAUGUCCUUUUUCAUCUACGUGAUUUACCAACUCACUGCUUAUCCUGUGGUAUCUGAUUUCAGCCUUGUGCUCCCUCAACUAUGUCGCUAGUCCUUCACUCGUCUCCCCAUUGUAUUUCUUAUUACAUCUGCUGCACAGAAUCUCUUAUACUGAGCUGCUUGAUGUUGUUGCUGUGUUCACAACAGUUGUCCAAAUUACUAAAUAAUUCUAACAUUCACAUAGUACCAAAUCAGGCAGCAAUAUCAAGGACCUCGCAGGCAACAAAGUGAAGAAAACUGAACACCCAAGUAGCUUAAUAUAUGACAUUCCUUGCAGCAGAUGUAAUAAGAAAUACUAAAGGGAGUAAAAGCAGAGGACUGGCGACAUGGUUGAGGGAGCACAAGGCUGACAUCAGACACCACAGGAUAUGCAGCGUGUUGGCAAAUCAUUUAGAUAAAUAAAGGAGAUCUGCUGAAGUGGAGUGGAGCAAAGGUGAUGCAGAUGAAUCUCUCCAAACAACACAGGAAGGCAUGGGAAUCUAUAUACGUUACUCUGGACAAAGAGAACAUAAACAAGAGAAAAGGCGACAUUGUGUGGACAGAGGUCGCCACAUACACAAGGUUGCGGCAAAGCUAGCAGCAUUGGGCAGUUGAGGCAGGACGGCAUGUGUCGCCUGGAGAUCAAUCAGACUGUGAUCCUCCAGGUUACUUAACAUAGUGUGCAGGUUGGCCAGUGAGUCAUUAAUUCCUCUGAAGAAGCUGUUAGCAAAUCUAGUCAGAAAGUAAAGUACUCAUUCACAGCCUCUGUAUCCCUUCCCCAAUUUCCCACACAUUGUCACAAUGUUCUUACAAUAAUAAUAAUAAUAAUAAUAAUAAUAAUAAUAAUAAUAAUAAUAAUAUUGAUGGAAAUAUGAUCAUAUAUUUUAUAUAUCAAUGGUUGAAAGCAUUUUAUGAGAUAAGAAGUAAUACUAUUCUACUAUUUGUAGAAGAUAAUUAUUUUUUAUAAUAAUUAUCCUGAUAUAUUAUAGUGUGUGUGUGUAUGUGUGUGUGUGUGUGUGUGUGUGUGUGUGUGUGUGUGUGUGUGUGUGUGUGUGAGAGAGAGAGAGAGAGAGAGAGAGAGAGAGAGAGAGAGAGAGAGAGAGAGAGAGAGAGAGAGAGAGAGAACCUUUCACUAACCAAAUGAUAGGUUGUACUCAGUUGAGUUUUAAAGGCAAGGGAAAUGUGGAACAUUUGUAUUAGUAAUAAUGUAUUCUCUCCUGUCAAUGCUAGAUCAUUUAUUGUAAGUGUUGGAGAGACUGCUGCUCGACUGUCCUGGUCAAUGCACUGAUGUAAGUGAAGGCUGGAAUGGCCAGGCACGUAAGGAGCCUUUGAGAAUGAUGACAGUUUGAUUAGUGAUGAAGUGUAAAGUAUUUUAAAUCUAUCUUGUUACAGGUGUCAGCUGGCAAAACAUGUGCAUAUUAUUUUGUGUUGCCUUUUUUUUGCAUCUUGUGUAUGUGAGCCAUCUGAUCUGCUCACAUUUCCUCAGGGAUGUUCACCUUUAUUUGUUACCUGUGGGAUUUUUUGAUGACUACAGCUGUUGAAUAGAGUUAGAGAUGAGGCAUGUAACUGCUCUUCCUCUGAAGUAUUUUAUUCCUUCAUCAUAAACUUAUAGUACAUAAAUGUAUGUAAUAUGUGCAUUUGUUAAAGACAUAUCCAAGUAUUGAGAAGUCGCAUGUUACAAUUUCUUGGCUUUCUGAGAUUUGUCCAGGCUUUUGAAUUGAUCUCCAGUUUCUUUUAAAUCUCGCCAUAUUUUCUGUAAUUUACAAAUUGACAUUUACAAGUUUCCAUGUCUUCUCUUUUAUCUUGUCUUGAUCCAUGCAUGUCUGGUGUGAGUAUAUCAGUAUUGAUGUUGAGUCCAUCCACCAAGUACACGACACACCUUAGGAAUCCAUUCCUCAGACAGUUUUCCUGUGGUUCAUUUAGUAUGUAAUAGAGUGAGAGUUAUGAGUUGAUGAAAAUUAGCACAAAGCAAUUUAUUAUAUGAGUUGCCACAGAAAUGUAUUUUAGUAUAGUGACAUGUCUCCUAGUGAUUAAAGUUGGUAUAUUUUUUUAUAGACUUAGUGGCUGAUGUGUUUUCUUCUUGAUAUCAGUAAUGAAACCAAAUGCAUCAUUGAUACUCAGAGAGAGAGAGAGAGAGAGAGAGAGAGAGAGAGAGAGAGAGAGAGAGAGAGAGAGAGAGAGAGAGAAUGUUGAUGAUGUACCAUAUUUUGGUUUUUCUACUACUUUGAAAAAACAGUAAGUGCCAGUGAAUGGGUGAUACGUCUGAUAGAUCCAAUUAGCAUGGAAUAUUAAUGGAACAUUAGUUGAAUCAUUGUGACCAUUCUGUCUGGUAGGAGUAGAAGGCUAGCCAUUCUGUUCUAUAUGUAUGUCAGGUGUGAGAGACUAACAGUUCUGUAUGUGUGUGUGUGUGUGUGUGUGUGUGUGUGUGUGUGUGUAUUUGUGGGUAAACAAGUGUUGCAAAAAGACAUUUAAAGGUUGUUAAUACAAUCAUCAUCUCUGAUGAAGGUUGUUCUGUAAUAUUUUGUGGAAUGUGACAAACAUGAGACAUUUCUACAAUGUAAAGAGAUCUGUGAGUGCAGUAUUUGCUGUGCUAAGGAUGGGCAACCUUUGCACACACAUUAGUAUUGGGUCUUUCUUUCUGCAUUAUUUUAUCCAUAAUUUAUGUAGAAAUAAUAUAUGAUAUUGACCGUGCUUUCAGUAUGUUCCUGAUUUUUUUAUGUCAUAGCUGUGCAUCGCCAAUAUAACAAAUUCUGUUGGUCGGUAUUUGACUGUGUGCAUAUCUUGAUUAUUGCUAAGAUUUGGUUCCUUUAUAAUAUUUUCUUCAGAGCAUUACUAUUUACUACUGUAUAUAUCUAUAGAAACCUGAAAGUAGAAGCUCAUUUCUUGCACGAGUUAUAGAAACCUGAAAGUAGAAGCUCAUUUGUUGCAUGAGUUUAUCUUUCAGGUUGUCAGGUUAUUUUGUAAAGAUCUGUGGAAAUCUCUUUUCACUCAUGAAAAUAGUAUUUUACUUUUAUACAUGCAUUGCUACUUUAAGGAACUAUCACUGUGAUAAGUUUGCUGGGUAAAUAUUCCAGGUGUGUGGCUGGUCUCUUUGUGAAGAUGUGAUAAAUGUAGCACUGAGAUAAAUAGCUGAAUAUAUUAAGCUGACAGUUGUGUCCUCUUUAGUGGUGGUGUGGGUGAAGGCCAGCUGGGGGGAGGGAAGAAAAUAGAGAAUAUCUUUCAAAUCCUUGACAUCAAGCCCUUAUUGAAAAGAGGAAGAAAAAAGAUGAAAAAUUUGAAUGUAGUCAAGAAUUUUUCACUCAUAAUGCUUCAGUGAGAUAUUUUUAUAAUUUCUAGUUAUCACUUUUUAUUAGAACUGUUGGUUGUUAAUCUAAAAAUAAGUUUUGAUAAAGUAUAUUAUACAAUAAAUAUCUAUAAGUGGCCA